GCCGCCGCCGCGAGCGGGAGGAGGAGGAGGAGGAGGGGGAAGGAGGGAGAGAAGAAGGGAAGGAGGGAGGCAGGUCCGGUGGCCCUCUCGGGUAGCCCCAGCGGCGAGGGAAAGAUGGCGACGCUGGGAGGCGAGUCGCAGCCCUUCCCCUCUGCUGCUCUGGCGGCGGUAGCCGGGGUGGGCGGCGGCGGCAGCGGAGCGCUGGGUCUGCAGGCGCCGCUGACCCGCGGUCUGGAGCGGGCGCUGGAGGAGGCGGCGCACUCCGGGGGGCUCAACCUGAGCGGCAGGAAGCUGAAGGAGUUCCCGCGCAGCGCCGCCGCCCUCAGCCACGACCUCUCCGACACGGUGCGGGCAGAUUUAUCCAAGAAUAGGUUAACUGAAGUUCCUACGGAGUUGUGCCAUUUUGUGUCACUGGAAACACUAAAUCUAUACCACAAUUGUAUCAAAGUUAUACCAGAUGCCAUAGUAAACUUACAAAUGCUAACUUACUUAAAUUUGAGUCGAAAUCAGCUUUCUUCUUUGCCAGCUUGCCUGUGUGGUCUUCCUCUAAAAGUCUUAAUUGCAAGUAACAAUAAGCUAGGUUCCCUUCCAGAAGAGAUAGGUCAGCUAAAACAGUUAAUGGAAUUGGAUGUCAGCUGUAAUGAAAUCACAGCUUUGCCACAGCAGAUAGGCCAGCUGAAAUCUUUAAAAGAACUAAAUGUCCGAAGAAAUUACCUCGAAGUUUUACCCCAAGAACUAGUACAGCUUCCCUUGGUAAAGUUUGACUUUUCCUGCAAUAAAGUGCUUGUGAUUCCAAUUUGUUUUAGAAAGAUGGUGCAGUUACAAGUAUUACUGCUUGAGAAUAAUCCUUUGCAAUCUCCACCAGCACAAAUUUGUACAAAGGGUAAGGUGCAUAUAUUCAAAUAUCUAACUGUACAAGCAUGUCAGAUUAAAACAGCAGACUCGCUGUAUCUUAAUGCCAUUGAACCACAGCAUUUGCCACAACCUGUGGAAGAGAGCAUUGAUGACAUCUAUCCAAGUAAAAAGGACUCAGAUUCAGGUGUUGGUAGUGAUAAUGGUGAUAAACGUUUGUCAGCAACAGAGCCAUCUGAUGAAGAUACUAUCAGCUUUAAUGUUCCAAUGUCGGACAUUGUGGAAGAAGAUCAUAUUAUAAAGGAUGAUUCAGGUCACCAUGCUAACUCAAGAAAAGUGGAAUUCCAUCAAGGAUCUGCUCACACGUUUGUCAAUGAUAAGUCACGAGAAACAGGAAACCAGUUUGAUGAACAGGAUACUCUUACUACUGAAUUUAUGAGCUACAUUAAGAGCAGAGCAGCAGAGUGUGAUGAAUUACUGAGAAUAGAAGAGGACACGCAAUGGCAAGCAGACGAAAUAAUAAAUUUAUCAGAAGAACAAACUAUUGAUAUAGCAAUGAUAGAACAACUAAGAGAAGCUGUAGAUUUAUUACAGGAUUCCAACAGUGGUCAAAUACAGAUGGACAUGUCUUCUCUUGGUCAGAGAGAAAAUGCUGAAGAGGAACUGGAAUUCCAGAGGAGGAGGGAGUUGAUUAUGGAGAAAGCAAAGCCUGAAGCAAGACCUUGUGAACAGGGUGAAAAAUGGUCAUUGAGCCAGAAUGAUCUAAUUGUUUGGAACACAAGUGGGCAAACCUCUCACAAUGAGAAUAAGGAUAAAAGUCCGACAAGGUCUCCUACUACAAACACCACAAUCCCUUUUGGCCUGAAGCCACGAUCAGCAGACCCAUCCCUCAGUUUUCCUCCUAUCUCCUUCAACACACUUACACAGGCACAAACAUGGGACAACUUUAGCUACAGUAUCCCAUCUGAAGGAGACAGUGACAAUGUGUUCUUAAGACCACAAAGAAAUUUGGAAUCAAUAGACCCACAGUUCACAAUUCGAAGGAAAAUGGAGCAGAUGAGAGAAGAGAGAGAGCUUGUGGAGCAGCUACGUGAGAACAUAGAAACAAGGCUAAAGAUCUGUUUGCCCGAGGACCUGGGCUCGGCCCUGAUGGACGGUGUCGUUCUGUGCCAUUUAGUCAACCACGUCCGCCCUCGCUCUGUCGGGAGCAUUCAUGUGCCCUCACCAGCAGUUCCUAAACUUAGCAUGGCCAAAUGCAGGAGAAACGUGGAAAACUUUUUGGAUGCAUGUAGAAAACUGGGGAUACCAGAGGAGAAGCUCUGCCUACCACAUCACAUCCUAGAAGAAAAGGGCUUGGUAAAAGUGAGCAUAACAGUUCAAGCAUUGCUAGAUGUAACCACAGUGAAACAAGCUUUAUUCACAUGAAACUACUCUCUCUGCUGUUACCAGCUACACUGUGCCAUGAACGAAUCAAAAAGCUGCCCAUUUUUACAAACUGCAUUGAAAACAACUCCAGUACUCCAAGAGUAUUUGUGAUUUUAAACCCAUGUUUCAGACUGUACAUAUGUGUCGAACUAUAAAGCAGAAACUGAACAGAAACAUUUUCUAGAGGAAGUUGGCACUUCACUGCUUUUCUAGCUCACUUUGUACAGUACUUACUAAAACAACAUCUCUCUGCCACUUAAAAUCGUGUGGAGUACACAGCUGUCUUGCAGCAAGAUACUUUGUAUUACUAAACUAAGAAUCACUGUAAUCACCUGGGGGGAGGGAGAAGGGAGAGUAAAUCAGACUGCUACCACCUUAGGUUUUUCUGCAGUUGCUUCAGGCUAUUGCCUUUUAAAAAUAUCCAGACAUUAAAUAUUUA